AUGAGAAGCACUACCACAACACCUUCUAUCAGCGACGACUGGUCAGACAUUGAUGCUGACAGCGAUGAUAGCUAUUCCAUGGUUGAAGCCCCCUCCGACUCGGGCUUCAACUCUGGUGCUGGCACCGGCCUGGCACCGGCAACCACGACGGUACCUACACCCACCAACCUACCUGCCCCAGGCCCUUUCAACGGCUCUCACAUCACUGCCGGCCCUGGCACCGGCCCUGAUAACGAAGAGAUAUCGACAAUCCCUGACACAGAAGAGGCUGAUGAUGCUCAGUUUCUCUCCGAGACAGUGACGGACGACACCAUCGAAGCCUCCUCAGAGGCACAUGGGGAGGACGCUUCGGCAUCUGAGUCCGAGGAGGAGGAGGAGGAGGCUCGGGCGCAGCUUCUGUCGUACCCUUUCCACGGGGACAAGGCAAGAGGAUAUCUUCACAACUUCUGGACUGCAGGCAGGCCAUGUUACAAAUUAGGGACCACCCGGCCGUGCACAGCAGGGUUCAUGGUGUAA